AUGGCCAAGUCAGGAAAGUUUUGUUCUCAACAGCGCAUCUACAGAGCAGAAUCAUCCUUAAGCAAUAGCAGUUCUACACAUAACGGAGGAACCGGUUCACACAUUAAGAUUCAAGAUGAGCUUCACUCUUGUUCGCACACACUUCGGAGGCCUAAUGAGUGCUGCUGCAACUAUUGUUGUUGGUUGAACAUUGUAUCCGAGGUGGCGGCAAUUACUGUUAUGCAAAAAAAUAAGCUUGUACGAGUGCAUAGGUAA